AUGGAUUCCGAUUCUGACUCAGACUCCGAUGGUUCUCAUGUCUCCGCCACUCCUCCCCGAGACCCAGUUCCGCCGCCACCUCCUAGGAUUUCUCAGCCACCGCCGCCAAGGCAAGUGCCUCCGGUCUCCCGGAAAGUUGCGUCUUCUUCCUCUCGCUCGAAGCCCAUCGCACCUAAACAGCAGCAGCCUCCGGAUCACUCAGAGGAAGCUCCAGUACCAUCUUCCUCUUCUCCUCUGUCUCCAUUGUUCACCAAUCUCCCCUUCCGGAUCUGCGAACCUUCGAAUCUCUCUCAACCCACUAGGGUCUCCUCUUCUGUUUCGUCCUUCUAUAGACUCCGCAGAGCUUCUCUCACAUCCGAAGAGAAAUCGACGCCGGAAUGCCAAUCUGACUCCGUCAAUUGUGUGCCGGAGCUUCCUCAGGUCGUAACCGAUCCUCCGAAACCCGUUAGGAGAAAGCCUCCUAAUCUAAUUACGGAUUCUGUAACCUCUCUGCCGGUGAAAGCUCCGGUGUUUCGCAGUGGCGGUGAGGGCAACUUCGUGAAAUUGAACUUAAAUGGCAAGAGGGGGAAGAAGUUUCCCAGCAAAUACAAAGGCGCCUCCAAAUCCAGAAGCAAGUUCGCAUACAGAGGGAAGAGAUACAAAAAGUCAGAAGCUGAUGGUGGUGAAGGCGAAACCCUCUUGGAGGAAGAGUCUGAUUUGCAAAAACAGAGAGAAGAAGAAGAUGAUGGUUUCAUCAGCUCAGUAGAGGAUGCCAUUCUUGCGGUGAAGACUGAGGCUUCUGAUGAGAAUCUGACUAAGCUGUUGAAUUUAGUGUAUGGUUAUGAUUCUUUUCGAGAUGGUCAGUUGCAGGCGAUCAAGAUGGUUCUUGGUGGGAGCUCGACGAUGCUGGUAUUGCCCACCGGUGCUGGUAAGUCUCUCUGCUACCAGAUUCCGGCAAUGAUACUUCCGGGAAUCACACUUGUAGUGAGUCCUUUGGUUUCCCUGAUGAUCGAUCAGUUGAAGCAUCUGCCUUCUGUUAUAAAGGGUGGCCUUUUGAGCAGUAGCCAGAGACCUGAGGAAGCAACAGAAACAUUGCGGAAACUUAAAGAAGGCAUAAUAAAGGUUCUCUUUGUAUCUCCCGAGAGACUUCUGAAUGUAGAAUUUUUGUCAAUGUUCCGCAUGUCACUAUCCGUGUCACUUCUCGUCGUGGAUGAGGCACACUGCGUAUCAGAAUGGUCUCAUAACUUCCGACCUUCGUACAUGAGACUCAAGGCAUCAAUGCUGUAUUCUGCACUCAAGGCAGAAUGCAUUCUCGCAAUGACAGCAACCGCCACUACGAUGACUCUUGAGGCUGUCAUGUCUGCACUAGAGAUACCGUCGACCAAUCUUAUUCAGAAGUCACAGCUGAGAGACAAUUUUGAGUUGUCUGUCUCAUUGAGUGGAGCUAACAGAAUGAAAGAUCUAUUGAUUUUGAUGGAGUCUCAUCCAUAUAAGAAGAUUAAAAGCAUCAUUGUGUACUGCAAAUUUCAGUAUGAGACUGACAUGAUAAGCAAGUACUUACGCGAUAACAACAUCACUGCAAAGGGCUAUCACAGUGGUCUUCCAGCUAAAGACCGAGUUCGCAUACAGGAGUCAUUUUGUUCCAACAAGAUUAGAGUGGUUGUUGCAACUGUGGCAUUCGGCAUGGGACUUGACAAGGGAGAUGUUGGAGCUGUAAUCCACUUCAGCGUGCCAGGCAGUUUGGAAGAAUACGUUCAGGAAAUUGGACGUGCUGGUCGCGAUGGGCGGUUGUCUUAUUGCCAUCUCUUUUAUGAUGCGGACACGUAUCUAAAGCUUCGGAGUCUUUCACACAGUGAUGGUGUCGAUGAAUAUGCAGUUGCAAAGUUUCUCACCCAUGUGUUCUCCUCUGAGACAAAGCAACAUGAGAAGAUAUGCUCUCUAGUCAUUGAAUCUGCCUCUCAUAAAUUUGACAUGAAGGAAGAGGUUAUGCAAACAAUUAUGACUCAUUUGGAGUUGGGCGAAGUGCAAUACCUACGUAUGCUUCCACAGAUUAACGUAUGUUGCACUUUGAAUUUCCACAAGUCUUCUCCAAACACUCUGGCUGCACGAAAUACCAUAGUUGCUGCAAUUCUGAAGAAGUCUCACGUAAAGCAAGGUUUACAUGUCUUCGAUAUACCAGCUGUGGCCUCUAGCAUAGGUUUUGCAACAACAGAUGUAUUGGCUGAGAUUCAAACCUUGAAGAUGAAGGGGGAAGUAACAUACGAGAUGAAGGACCCUGCAUUUUGUUACACAAUCUUAGAAGUUCCAAGGGAAAUCUGCUCGUUGUCCUCUCAUCUUACCAAGUGGCUCGCAGAGAUUGAAACUUGCAAAGUGAGAAAACUAGAUAUAAUGUCUAGUGCAGCCGUGGCUGCUAUAAAUGUCUCCAACACUUCAGAGCUUAGCGCUGGUGCCAAGCAAACUCAGAGCCUACAAAGCAGAAUUUUGAAUUAUUUCAAUGGAGAUGGAAACUGUGACACUCCGAGCAAGACGACUCAAAAUUGCUCCUUUCUACGAGCAGAUAUAAAGGUGUUCUUGCAGAGUAACCGGCAGGCCAAAUUCACGCCAAGAGCCAUAGCGAGAAUAAUGCACGGAGUUGGAAGUCCAGCUUUCCCGAAUUCAAUCUGGUCCAAGACUCAUUUCUGGGGAAGGUACAUGAGCGUAGACUUCAGUGUGAUAAUGGAAGCGGCACAAACAGAGCUACUCAAUUGCGUUGAUAGAAAUGCGGCUUUAGCUGCAUAG